AUGGCAGCGGUGUUGUUGUGUAGGUUCUUUUGCUUCCUCUACUUCAUCUCUGGUGGUGAUGAAGGCGGAUUCGGCGCUGGCACGUGCUUCGGCGAGGAUCUGCCCAACAUCUCUGGUGGUGAAAGUAGCGUUUCAUCCCUCAAAGGUGGUUCUGGUGGUCAAGCAUAUGCCAGGAACAUCCUUGUGAGCAUUCACAUGAUGUACCAUGCUAAGAAUUUUUCUGUGCCCUUUGCACCACAGAGGGCUCAGAAUAAUGAACAUGCAAGUAAUAUUGGAGCUAUUGGUGGACCCAACGUAAGCAACCCUUCUAAUCCUGUAGGGAGUGGGAAACAACGCCUACGAUGGACAUCUGAUCUUCAUAAUCGCUUUGUGGGUGCCAUCGCCCAGCUUGGUGGACCAGAUAGAGCUACACCUAAAGGGGUUCUCACUGUGAUGGGUGUACCAGGGAUCACAAUUUAUCAUGUGAAGAGCCAUUUGCAGAAGUAUCGCCUUGCAAAGUAUAUACCGGAAUCUCCUGCUGAAGGUUCCAAGGACGAAAAGAAAGAUUCGAGUGAUUCCCUCUCGAACACGGACUCUGCACCAGGAUUGCAAAUCAAUGAGGCGCUAAAGAUGCAAAUGGAGGUUCAGAAGCGGCUACAUGAGCAACUCGAGGUUCAAAGACAACUGCAACUAAGAAUUGAAGCACAAGGGAGAUACUUGCAGAUGAUCAUUGAGGAGCAACAAAAGCUUGGUGGAUCAGUUAAAGCUUCUGAGGAUCAGAAGCUUUCGGAUUCGCCUCCAAGUUUAGAUGACUGCCCAGAGAGCAUGCAGCCUUCUCCCAAGAAACCAAGGAUAGAUACAUUAUCACCGGAUUCAGAGCGCGAUAGAACACAACCCGAAUUCGAAUCCCAUUUGAUCGGUCCGUGGGAUCAAGAAAUCUGUGGGAAAAACAUAUGCGGCGUUGCAUUCCCAUUGGAGGAGUUCAAAGCAGAGCCUGGUAUGAGCAAGUCGUAA